ACCUACACCCAGUCACAAUCGCCAGAUGAUGACCACAUGGCUGCUGUUCUGAUACUGUGAUAAUAGGCGACACCUGGACGAUAGUCUCAAAAUGGCUUGCAAUUUCCAUUUGGCCAGACUGGCCACGAGAUGAAAUGAACCGUCUAUCGACCGAGCGCACUAUAUAGUGCUCCCAUCCCCUUCCGACCACCCGAGCCAUCAUAAGCAUACCCUUGAACCUCGUCACUAUUCCAUACGCCUCGUUUUGAUGAACCAGAAACUAUGCAGCUUGCUUAGACGCAUUCGAGAAUCUCCACAUGUACUGGAACUUCAUUCAUAAAACUGAAGCCCCGGAAAACCCGCUCAUACUUCAGUUUGGUCUGCCAAGAUGGAUGCAGGUUGAAAUUAUCACUGCCUUGUCCGUUUUGCACCAGUUUCUCAUUCUCCUGCAUCGUUUCACUGCGAUCUGCUUCGUACGCUGAAGCCUUUUAACACUUGGUUCUCAUUUUAACAUUGGUCCCUCAUUGCCGCGGGCAUAGGGAACCUCUGCCUUGCAACCAACCAAUGUUACGCAUUGAUUUGGGCAUCACUUAACUGGCUGAAGGGGUAAUUCGUCUCAUGAUCCAAUCUUGAUUUACCACGACGGCAGCAAAAAGUGUUAAUAUGGUCUCGGAUGACCUCCGAAUUGAGUCAUCUGAUAAGGGUCGAUAAUCUAUGGCAGCAUGACUCUUUUAUCAGAAUUUGGCAGGCUUAUUGGCUCUUGUUCUUGUUCGAGACCAUGAAUCACUAUUUUAGACGCAGCGGGUGGAUUUUGCGUCGCCAUGGUGUGUCUUCAUGCUCGAAGUCCCGGAUGGCUUAGCUGGAUGAGCAUUGACUUGUUAAGAGGAAGUCACAGUCAUGAUUUGGACUGUCGUAAAUUAUCCACAUGGAUUCGUAUAUAGUUCAUUUGCUCUUUUGAGAGCAGCGAUACGAUGCGAUCAUGCUGUCUCUCACCUGGUGGAACCAUUGGGGGUUAACCCAAGCGAUCCAACCAUCAACAGCUAACACCAAGGCGCUUGAUAUUGGCGAAGAUCUCUGGACGGAAGCCGCACUAUAGCCAGUGCAUAGGCAAAAGAAUAACGCCUAGAGAGCUAGAAGAGCGUGCAAGUGCAUGUAUGCUGGAGAUUCAUCUAGCUUGUUAAGAGCCUGAGAUUUCUGCCCCUUUCGAUCAUUUCUGCGCCUAUCACCAGCUUCUGGUGCUUUGGGACAUGAGUUUACUCGGGGCAAGCUUGAACUAUCAACAAAUCCUGACAAGGCAACUCCCGCGCAAAACUUACAUUACCCUAAUCCUUGGCCUCAUCAUUCCUUUUUCUUUCCUCUUUCUUUCCCCUUUCUUGUUCUUCUCUUUUUUUUUUGGGCGUCAAUCGCGCUGAUUCUGCAGAUGACAAAAAAUUCCCCGACCUGCAUUGGGCCAAAAAGCCUACAUGUUAAAUUCCCCGCGACCAUCGGGGGCCACUGAUUGUGAGCGGGUCACCGACGUCAAGGCUCAAGGUAGGUAGGUACCUGGUCAUUCCCACCGGUUAAGGUGCGGCCCCUAAGUAACCACUGAAAACUCGACGCCGCCCAGGUGCACUCAUGGAGACCGCAUCCAAACCUCCACGUCGACGUCGACAUGCUGCCAUGAGAGACGAGCGAGAACUUAAUGACCAAGGAGAAGGGGCUCGACAUGAGCGAGGAAUGAAACCCUCACAGAGAUCAAGGUCUCCCCGUCAAAUUCGCGAUUCUCGCCACGAUUCCGACGCACGCCGCAACCGCCCACUCACAAGACCAGAACCUCAUUCAUCUCGCCGUCGUCGCCAUUCACACGAUCGUAAUCGUGAUCGCGCUUCUCGUCUAACGCCUGAAGCGUCACGUCGAGUACCAGAAGUUGAAGAUCUUAUUCCGCGUUACCGAGAACGCCAUCGCGAAAUCGAGGAGAAGCCUCCACGGCGCAGCCAGAGCCGAAGCCCAGGCCACGACUAUAUCAGCAGGGCAUCGCCCUCGGCAGCCAAACGACAUCGAAGUCGGAGCCCUUCUUUGACCAUUUCCAAUCGAAAGAGAUCCAGAAGAAACAGGAGCCCCAAGCCAAGGACAAGGGACAUCAGCCUGGAGUCUCCAUCUAGGAAGCACGCCAGGCACUCCUCACGCGACCGACGUAAACCAUCGCCUCGCCAAGAAGAACGAUCUUCUAAAUCCCCCACACGUUCACGACCUAGAUCUCCAGCAAAGUCGGACUCGGGUUCGCGACGUGCAGACCGAGAUACUCAGUCCCAAUUGGACCGACCUCUGCCACGGUCACGAAGCCGAUCGCUUACAUCAGAGCAUCACUUGGCUUCAUCCCGACGAGCUCGUGCAUCAUCUCGCGAGGAUCAACGGACGUCGGGUCUUGGGCGGACUUCCUCACGGCGACAGCUUCCACCACGAUCACCUCAAGCAAGUAGGGGACGGAGAUCUCGAGAAGGGUCGCCCGGUUGGCGUCAUUCUUCGAGGUCCGAUAUUGACGAAGAUAUGGCCUCGAGAAACAAUCUUCGUGGAGGCUAUAACCCGAAGUAUCACCAAAAAUCACAUAUCAGUAAUGAUCCAUAUUCCCCAUCACCCCAACACGUUUCGUACCAUAACUCGCCUUCUCGAUCACCCUACGCACCAUCGCGUGGUGGAUGGAAUGGUCAUCAGCCCUACCCACCUCAGCAUCCUCAGGGGAGUAGUUACGGUCCCCCAAGUGGCCCUUCUAGCCAUUAUCAUUCCAAUACUACACGGUCACCGCCAUACGCCGCUCCGACCGGCCCGAUGCAGCAGUACCCUCAGGGGGGGAGCUACCGCGGUGGCUACAGAGGUGGCGGUUUUCGAGGUCGUGGGAGAGGUGGCUUCAAGAAUUCUCAUUGGAACUCAGGCCUUCCUUCAAGAGGACACCACGACGAUUUAGGCAAUGAACGCUUCAGCAAUGUGGACGACCACGGAAAUACAGGCCCUGAGCCUAUGGGUGUUCAGGAAGGAGUAUUCCAAUCUCACGAUGAAUUGGGCGAAGACAGCAGCCAGAGUGUUGAAGACAGAGCAAACCCAUUGACUACCCCCAACAGACCGCCCCCAUCUGGUCCAGGAGGGUCAUCUGGUAGCAAGUUCAGUUUUGCCUUUAAACCUUCAUCAAAGCCAGUGGUCACUGCCCCAAAGCCUGAGAUAUCACAAAAGUUGAAUGCUGCACCUCGACGAGAACCUCAGCCUGAGAAUCGAGAGAGAGAUCGGGCCCGAGAUCAAGAGUGCGAACCUCCCCGAAGUGCACCGACAGAGCCAGCUUCCUCACGGUCACGCCACGAGCGUCGCCAUCCUCCCGAAGGCCCUAAAGUUGCGCCCCGUAUGCGUAAGGUGAUGAAAAUCAUGAAGCGACCAAAGCCAAGACCGACUCUACCAGCUGAUCUGGUGGACUCGGAAUCUGUCUUCUUCAGAAAACCCGGAAACGAGUCAGUCGUUGGCUCUGGUACUUAUGGCAAAGUUUUCAAGGGCCUGAAUGUUUACACAAAGGGGAUGGUCGCCCUCAAACGAAUUCGAAUGGAAGGCGAGCGUGAUGGGUUUCCCGUCACAGCUAUCCGAGAAAUCAAGCUUCUCCAGUCUCUCAGACAUGUCAAUAUCGUCAAUCUUCAGGAGGUCAUGGUCGAAAAAAAUGAUUGUUUUAUGGUGUUUGAAUACCUGUCGCAUGACCUCACGGGGCUGCUGAAUCACCCUACAUUCAAACUGGAGACGGCUCAAAAGAAAGACCUCGCCAAACAGAUGUUCGAGGGCUUGGAUUAUCUCCAUACGCGAGGGGUACUCCAUCGCGAUAUAAAGGCUGCAAAUAUACUCGUCAGUAACGAAGGAGUCCUCAAGAUUGCUGAUUUUGGCCUCGCCCGAUUCUACGCCAAGCGUCACCAGCUGGACUACACCAAUCGAGUCAUCACCAUCUGGUAUCGCUCGCCAGAGCUAUUACUUGGCGAGACUAAGUACACUGCUGCUGUUGAUGUAUGGAGUGCAGCAUGCGUCAUGGUUGAGAUUUUUGAUCGAAAUGCCAUCUUCCCAGGGGACGGGACCGAGCUUAGCCAACUGGAAAAGAUCUAUAACGUGAUGGGCACGCCGAACUUGAAAGACUGGCCCAAUCUCAUUGAUAUGGCUUGGUUUGAACUUUUGCGCCCAACUGUGAAGAGAAGGAAUGUCUUCGCAGAGAAGUACCGUGAUAAAAUGUCACCAGCCGCCUUCGACCUGCUCUCCGCCAUGUUCCAUUACGACCCUGCAAAACGGCCCAGCGCUGCACAGGUACUCCAACAUGCAUACUUUACGGAAGAAGCACCAGUAGCCCGCCAGGCUACAGAACUCGCAACACAUAAUGACUGGCAUGAAUUCGAGUCUAAAGCCCUGAGAAAGGAGAACGAUCGACGCGAGAGAGAAGCCAGAAAGCUGGCUAAAGAGACUGCCGGGCGGGACAAAGAGAAAGACAAGAAGCGCUUUAACGAAGGGACCGACCAGCGCGACACAAAGCGGUUGCAGGUUGAUAAGAAUGGUGGAAACAAGCCCAUGCCGGCAGUCGCACCACCGAACUCGACCGCUGAGCCCUAAUAUUCAUGAUACCUUGAUUUAUACACUCGAAACGAUCACUCCUCGGCUACACAUUUGGUACUUUCGAACCCAGACGGCAUUACCCAAUCUGCAGAAGUCUUCUAGGCAAUCAGACAUUCCCCGUCCUCGUCCUCUUGCUGGGCGUUUCCCCAUAGGCCAAGGGGACCAAAUCAGCGGACUGGCGUUUUUGUUUCAAUGUAUCAUCAUUCGUUUCUUUUGAGUCUCGGUGGCUUCAUACCCUCUCAUGUUGGAACCUGAAGCAUUGCUAAUGCAUGGACGCGGGCACGGGUUUUUGUUUGUUUUGCUGGCUUCAUGGUCUCCUUUUUUGCAUCCUGCCUAUUGGCGCUGCAGUGUUCAUAGAGCGGGGACGGAUUUUUUCUUUUUGACGAAGGCAUGGCAAAGUAUUGUUGCUAUAUAGAAAUGACCAAGACAGUGAAUCAAAGACAAGGGGCGACAAUUAGACAGCGAAAGCCCAUUAAUAUGUAUUAAGCCAUCCUCGGGAAGACAGUCGCCGCCAGCUAAGUGCAUCAUUGACGUCUAUUUAUAUGCGGCGAGUCCUAGGACUCCAGUCAAAGAUGAUGCAGGUACCUGUUAUCUUGGGUUGUCGUUGAAGAAGUCCCAUCAUACAGAUGUUGCUUACUGCUAUUGCCAACCCGUUUUUGGAGUUUCGAUACGCAGCUCGAUCUGAGAAAACCAGAUGAUCUCAU